AUGUCGCAGCAAGCAACUUCUUCGACACCCGUCGACGCCGACACCAUCGCGCCUCCUUCAUACACAGCGCAACCGCCUGCCGAACCACCCACCGACGAAAAGAUCGCCAUUGAACAACCACACAUCAACGACGAUAACCUCCCCGAAGUCGUCACCGAACCGACGCACCAACAUCUUCCGGCGCAAACAAGCCCGCAAACGAGUCCCCCGCCACCCGUAUCGACUGUUUCGCCUGUGCAGACAAGCAUCAUGAAUUGGGACGGAACACAAUCGCCUCCGAUCCUGCAGCAUCCUGCUAUUGCGCACCAGCAACAAGAACAACAAUAUCAAUAUGCAGGCCAGGAGAACAUGUCGAUUCCAAUGCAGCCGCAACCUCCGAUGCAGCGAAGCGGUCCUACAGUCACGCCCUUGCAUUUACUAGCCGACCAAGCCGAUUCGGUCGACUGCCCGUUCUGUCAGCACCAGACCGAGACAAAGGUCAAGAACGUCUACGCCGCAGCGCUUUUCUUCGGAACAUUUUUCGGCGUCAUGUGCCCCUACAUCUGCCAUUGCGCAUCAAACGUCAGCCAUUACUGCAAGAACUGCGGUCGCAAGGUCGCCAUGCGCGAAUACAGAGGCGAGAUGCAGCCUUUGGGUACACCGGAUCAUUUGAGGGAGGCUUCCAAGUAUCCUGCUGCACCACCACCUGCGCCGACGAAAUAG